UCCGUCAAAUAUAAAUGUCAAUAUCAGAAAAUACGAAAGAUGAUAAGUUCCCUGAUUUUAUCCAAAAACGCUGGCAGGCUGUUGCUUUCCCGUGGAUCGGCGUUACAAUCUCAGUGGCUUCGUGGGCAGAAGACCAUGCCGGUGUACGAUUACACCUGCCAGAAUCCUCCGAAGUGGGGUUACUCGGCCUUUGGGAGGGACCAGAAGACCUGGGGCGAGUGGACCUGUGCCCGGUUGGACGACCUGCUGAACUGGGGCCGCAAGGGAUCGCUGUGGCCCGUGACCUUUGGCCUGGCCUGCUGCGCCGUGGAAAUGAUGCACAUCGCCGCCCCCCGAUAUGAUAUGGAUCGUUUCGGAGUGGUGUUCCGGGCAUCUCCUCGCCAGGGAGACGUCCUGAUUGUGGCUGGAACUUUGACCAACAAAAUGGCACCGGCUUUUCGCAAAAUUUAUGACCAGAUGCCGGAACCCAGGUGGGUCAUCUCCAUGGGAAGUUGCGCCAACGGAGGUGGCUACUACCACUACUCGUACUCGGUGGUGCGGGGCUGCGAUCGGAUUGUUCCGGUGGAUAUUUACGUGCCCGGAUGUCCGCCCACCGCCGAAGCCUUAAUGUAUGGCAUUCUGCAGCUGCAGAAGAAGGUUAAGCGCAUGAGGACAAUUCAGAUGUGGUACCGGAAGUAAAUAAUAACAUAAAAAGAGUUAACUAAAUAAACGCCAUAG